CGGAGGGAGGGAGAGAGAGAGAGCAGCAAAAGCUGCCUAAAAAGGUGGAUGGUUUGUUGCUAGUCAAGGUCAAAACCUCAGCCAAUGAAUUAUAGAAACUAGAAAAUAAAGAAAGAAAGAAAGAAAGAAAAAGGAAAGAGAAGAGAGAGAGAGAGAGGGAGAGGUGAAUGGAGAGAAAAUGAGAGAUUUCUAAUCUAAUCCCAAUCCAACCCAUAUUCACAAGAAAAGAAAGAGAAAAAGCAAAAACAAAGAUAAGGGAAGGAAAUCUCCUGACACCAAUCUGAACACCAAGAUCUUCUGUCAAUACAACUCCAAACACCCUCUUAUCUUCUUCUUCACACCCGAAUCUCAUCAGGAACAGCUCAGAAUCUAUAUAAAUUCCCCUUCUGUGCAAAAAUCCACAUGGCCUGUCAAUCACCCAUGAGCUAGAUUCAAGGUAUGUGAGUUCAACAUUUCCAAAUCCUCUCUUUUUCUCUGUUACAUUAAAAAAAUCUCAUCUUUUCUUUUUUAAAUUCGUUUUCUGCCGUUUCUAUAAAUACCCAUUUGAUAUCUCUUUGAGACCUGUGAGAGGAACUUACCACAAGUCUCUCUUAGUUCGAUUAAAGAUCCCUUCUUUUUCAUCACAGGCUCAUUUUCUUCUCUUUUUGCAAAUACCUAUUUCCUAUUUAUCCGAGAUCUGUUGAAAUCCUUCUCCAAAUUCUCUCACUUCCUAAUAAAAAUUGUCAUCUGUUCUUCCACCACGGACUCAUUUUCUGCUGUUUGGCAAAUACCCAUUUUGUAUCUCUUUAAGAUGUGUACAAAUUCAUGGUAUGUGAGAAGGACAUCCCCAAAUUCUCUUUCCAUUCCAUUCAAAACCCCACCUUGUUCUUACCUUUGACUAGUCUGCUGUUGUUUCUGCAAAAGUGCACUUUGUAUCUCCCACAGAUCUGUUGAAAUUCAUGGUUUCUGGGUUUCGUAGUGGAAUUUUAGGUUCAAACAACUGGGAGCUUUUUGGGUUGAAUCAAAACCAGAAACUGGAAUUGAAAUUGGAUUUGAGUUUUGCUUUGGAUUUGGAUUUAUAUGAAUGUCUCGAUUGCUGGGUGGUUCGGAUGAGAGAAUGUGAGGCAUGGUAUCUUCUGGAUUAAUGAAGAUUGUUGGUCCUUGUUGGCGGCCUUCGGUUGCGGGAGAUGAUUCUCGGAGUGAUUCGAGUGGCAGGUCUGAUGGGCUUCUGUGGUAUAAGGAUUCAGGGAAUCAUGUUAAUGGCGAAUUCUCAAUGGCAGUCAUUCAAGCCAAUAGCUUGUUGGAAGAUCAGAGCCAGAUUGAAUCAGGGCCAUUGAGUUUGCUCGAUUCAGGGCCUCAUGGUACAUUUGUGGGGAUCUAUGAUGGUCAUGGAGGUCCAGAGACCUCAAGGUUCAUAAACCAACAUCUCUUCAACCAUCUCAAGAAAUUCAUAUCAGAGCAGCAGGGCAUGUCAGUUGAUGUUAUCUACAAAGCAUUCUCCGCUACCGAAGAGGCCUUCCUUUCUCUUGUCAAAAAGCAAUGGCUUAACAAGCCUCAGAUUGCAGCGGUUGGAUCGUGCUGCUUGGUUGGGAUCAUAUGCAAUGGAACACUCUAUGUUGCAAAUGUUGGAGAUUCUCGUGUAGUGUUAGGGCGGUCGGAGAAAACUGCCAAAGAGGUUACAGCUGUUCAGUUGUCUGCAGAGCACAAUGCAAGCAUUGAAUCUGUGAGACAAGAGCUGCGGUCAUUGCAUCCUGAUGAUUCUCAGAUUGUAGUUUUAAAACAUAAGGUCUGGCGUGUAAAGGGCCUUAUACAGGUUUCAAGAUCUAUUGGUGAUGCAUAUUUGAAAAAAACUGAGUUCAAUAGGGAGCCUCUAAUUUCAAGGUUUCGUCUGGCUGAACCCUUCCGCAAACCAAUCCUUAGCGCCGAGCCAGCAGUAUCAGUACAUAAACUCUACCCGCAUGAUCAUUUUCUUAUAUUUGCAUCUGACGGUCUAUGGGAGCACCUCACCAAUCAAGAGGCUGUUGACAUUGUUAACAAUUCUCCACGCAAUGGUGUUGCGAGGAGACUGGUUAAAGCUGCUCUGCAAGAAGCAGCGAAGAAAAGAGAAAUGAGGUACUCUGACCUGAAAAAGAUUGAUAGGGGGGUACGGAGACACUUCCACGACGAUAUCACAGUCGUAGUCUUGUUUCUAGACCCCCACAUGAUCAGCAAGAGCUCUCACCACGGUCCGAUAGUUUCAAUAAAAGGAGGCGGGGUUCCUGUGCAAGCUGACUCCCUGCCUUAAGAGGUUCUAAGUCGAUCCCGCAAAACCUAUAUUUGCGUUCAUAGCGGAAGUUCUUUUAUGUACACUAAUUUGGUUUACCAGAAUCUUUCUUCAGGCUCUCUCAGUGACACGGGUGGGGCCCAUGACUAAGCUGAGAUUGCUUAGCAUUAUAGUAAGAGUUCUCCUUGUAAAUUGCCUGGAAAUUGGCACUUGAAACUUGAAAAGAUAGUUUCGCUAA